AUGGCUAACAGUGAAUUGAGAUAUGGAACACCGUUCCAAUCAUUCUUGGACACAUCGUUUUUCCAGGAACUUUCACGUUUGAAGCUUGAUGUACUAAAACUGGAUUCUAAGGGACAAAAAUUAUAUUCAAGUCUUGAUUGGUCAAGUGCUUCGAAGACGUGCAAAAGUGUACAGCUUUUCCUCAACAAACUGAGCUUCGAUCCAAGUGGUUUACGAGCAAACAGUGGUGCACCCGUAUCGGGAAUGAUUUACAAUUUCAAUGUCUUUGAUGAGUUCAAGAAUCUUGAUAAGAACAAGUUUUUAAAAGACAAGGGAAGAGAGAUUUUUGAGAGUGGUAUAAAGGAUAUUAAUACCUGUAUUGGCUAUUAUAUCAUCAGUUAUGCAGAUUUGAAAAAAUAUAGAUAUUACUACUGGGUAUGUAUUCCUAGUUUUCAGAGUAAGGAACAGAUCAUAGAAAAUCUAGGGCAACAUGAGGUUGAAGAUUCAAGUAUAUACCAAGAUUGGUUUCGAGAUAACGCCGAUCAAUGGGUUUGUCUAGAGAACUCCGACGGCGAAGUAGUCGAAUAUUCAAAAGUGGUGUCGCAAAAUUGCAAAGCAUUAAUAGUAAGAGAUUGUUGUCGAUUGGAUGGCAUACCAAGCGCAUUCGCUAAAAAUGUUUUAACCGUAUUCCAGCAUGAUAAUCCAAGUAGAAGAGAACUAGAUGCUCUCUUCAUUCGACCUGACGAUACCAGUUUUAAACUGAAAAUUGGUCUCAAAAAAAUUGUCAACUCGGAAAACAAAGGUUUACAGGUUAAUGGUUGGGAAAAGAAUCUUCAAGGAAAGCUUGGGCCGCGUGCUAUUGAUCUGAGCUCUUUAAUUGAUCCUUUAAAAGUGGCAGACCAAUCUGUCGAUUUGAACUUGAAAUUGAUGAAAUGGAGAAUCGUCCCAGAUAUUGAUCUAGAUAUUGUUAAAAAGGCUAAAGUUCUACUGCUGGGGGCUGGUACCCUAGGAUGUUACGUAUCCCGAACGUUGAUGGCUUGGGGUGUAAGAAAGAUAACUUUAGUUGAUAAUGGUACAGUAUCCUAUUCAAACCCUGUAAGACAGCCAUUGUUUCAGUUUGAUGAUGUUGGAAAGCCAAAAGCCCAAGCGGCAGCUGAUGCUCUCCGGAGAGUCUUUCCCUUGAUGGAUGUGGGCGCAGUCCAUUUGAGCGUGCCGAUGAUUGGCCAUCCUGUCACGAACGAAGAAGCCGAAUAUCAUGACUAUAAAAAGUUGCGUGAUCUAUAUUCGCAACAUGAUGCUGUAUUUUUAUUGAUGGAUUCAAGAGAAACCCGAUGGCUUCCAACCGUUCUUGGUAACGUUCAGAACAAGACUGUUAUAAAUGCUGCCUUAGGCUUUGAUAGUUAUCUUGUUAUGAGACACGGCAAUCAUUACGGUAAAGGGCAAAAUCGUCUUGGCUGCUACUUCUGCAACGAUGUGUAUGCACCAAAAGAUAGUUUGACUGACAGGACCCUGGACGAAAUGUGCACAGUAACCAGGCCGGGCGUGGCAUUGAUGGCUGCUUCACAAGCUGUUGAGUUGUUCGUAUCCAUUUUACAAUCUGGUAAGCAGGGAGGUUCUAAUGUUUUGGGAGAAACACCUCAUCAAAUUAGAGGCUUUUUGAAUAACUUUUCCACCCUGAAGGUAGAAACACCUGCGUACAAUCACUGUUCAGCAUGUAGUGGACAGGUUGUAUCCACCUGCCGUGAAUUGGGCUGGAAAUUUGUGAAAUCUGCACUCAACGACUACAAAUAUAUUGAGGACCUCAGCGGAUUGACUGCUGUUCAACAAGAAGCAGAUAAAGCCAUUGAUGAAUGGGGUACAGACGAUGAAGAUGAUGAAUUUCUGGUAUAA